AUGAUCAUUACUGGUGAUGAUACUUAUGGUAUUCAUAAGCUUAAGCAAUUUCUGUGUCGGCAGUUUGAGAUGAAAGACCUCAGUUCUCUUCACUACUUCCUUGGCUUAGAAGUGUCCCCUACCUUUAAUCGCUACUCCUUGACCCAAGCCAAAUAUGCCUCUGAUCCUCUCACACGUGCUGGCCUCACCGAUUGUAAGAUAACUUAUAGUCUGCCGGAGCCCAAUAUCAAACUCCAUCCUGCUAAUGGGGAGCUCCUUCCCUAUGUCACUCGUUACCGACAACUUGUCGGGAGCUUGAUUUAUCUCACUGUCACUAGACCAUACAUUGCCUAUGCAGAGCACCUUGACGGGACACUUCGCUUCUUGUCAGUUUCUUCGGUUGAUCAGUUGGCUGAUAUCUUCACGAAAUCUCAUCCACCUGGUCGUCAUCAUGCUUUAGUCUACAAACUCCAGAUGUCAUCUUCGAAACCACCUUGA